AUGCUUGAUCAACUUCGUGUUAAGUGCAUAUUAUGUGCACAAACUGGUUUACAACGUGGAAACUUUGUGGAUCAUAUUAACAAGGUUUGUCCAAAAUCAGUGAUUCAAUGCCAAGCUGCUGACAUCAAAUGUCCUUGGAAAGGACCACGUGAUGAAUUACAGAAUCAUAUCACAACAUGUGUUUUUGAACCAUUGCGACCAGUGUUAUCUUUACUGAUUGCUGAAACUCGACAACUUAUCGAUCAAGUUAAAAAGCAUGACAAUGAAAUCAAGGAACUGACACAAAAGAUGUAUCAAUUACAAAAAAGUGCUAAAUUUAAACGACAUGGUGCGCUCACUGUGCCACUAUUUCGUCGUAGCAAGAUUAUUUCAAAUAUCAACGUAAUUAUUGACGGCACUGACAAACUAUUGGAUAGGUGGCGUGCUAAACCAUUUCGACAAGUGCAUAUGGAUAUUAUCGAGCAGUGUCAAAAACUUUUACUUGAAAUCUUUGGAUUGAUUGCCUUUGAUUACAAUUUGGAGGCAAUUGAUGAUAAUAAUUUAGCAAAGAAAAAUGAACUGACUCAAGCUCUACAAGAUAUCAUAAACAUGAUUUAUACGAUGAUAAGCGCACCUAGAAUUGUAUCAAUUAUCUAUUUGAAAUGUUGUCCUCGAUAUCGACGUGCACAUGCAAUCGUCGAACGAUAUCUUAAUAAGAUGGUCGAACGAGAAUUUGCUGAAAGCUCAGAAUCAAGAGCACAACGAAAGAAAACUUCAUUGAUCGCAUCGCUUGUUAGUUCAUUGCAAAUAGAUGAGAAAACAGAAGCAAGAAAAAUGGAAGAAGAGAAAAAAGGUAAACUUUAUCCGUGA